UGUAAUGGGAGGUUGUGGAUCUCGAGAAAAAGAAUUAAGAGAAAAAGUAGGAUUCUCUUAAAGCGACUAUGAUUAUGCACUAAAAAAAUUUAGUAAGAUGACAAAAUAAAAACCAGGGUAUUUAUAAUUUUUAUAACAGGAAAACAGAUGAGUAUUUUAGUUUCGAAGGCUUUAAACAAUAUUUUACUGAGAAUCCUGUGUUAGCAUAAAAGCUCUAUAUAUUUAUGAGAAACUAUGGAGGUUAAAAUUAUGUAGAUAAUCUCACAUUUCUCACAGUUGGUAUACUAAAAGUAUAAUUUUAGUGGAUUUAUUUACAAGAGUAUCAAUGAAGUUGUAAAAUUAAUUGAAGAACUUAGAUAUAUAUACAUUAUUUACUUUAGUCUCUUUAUCAAGUCCUGACAUAAUGUAAAGAGAUGCAUUCAAUUUAAAUAAUGUCUAUAAGAUAAGUGUUAGCUAUUCAAAUGCAGUAAAGCUAUUUAAAGUAAUCUAUAUCUUUUUAUUUUAGGAACUUAUAAACAUGUAAAGUGAUAAAGGAGAUAUUUUAUGUCAUGAUGACGAUUAAGCCCCAAUUUUAAUUAUAAACAACAUAUUUGAAAGUAAGACAAUUUAAUAUUAAUUUAAUAAGAUCAUUCCUUAUUGAAUUAUAAAGCUUUUAAUGAUAAAAUUAAAUCAGAAACUCCUUUUAUUUGCAAAAUAGUAAAAAAUUAUAUAGCAGGAAAAUUCGUUAAUAAAACAUUAAGAAAUACAUUACCAAAAUUAGAUCCUAGUGAACUUAUGAAUAAAUAAUUGAUAGGUAAUAAAUAUUAUAUAAAUUAAGCUUUACUUAAUUUAAGUGUACCAUGGUUUUAAAAGUGUAUUGCAAUUAAUUAAAUUUAUAAAUAUGAGGUCGAAAGUGGAUAAUAAUAUAAUUUUAAUAUCUUAGGAAAUUGUUUACUUUAAGCUAAAGGACCAAAUAUGAUUUUAUUUAGACAUUCUUAAAAAGAUAAAGAUGGAGAAAAAUAAGAAAAAUAUGUAUUUGGAUAUUUCUCUCCUUCUUAAUGGAGAGUGUCUCCUGAUAUUUCAGGAAAUAAAGGAUCAUUUAUAUUCUCUAUCCAUCCUAAAUUUAAAAUCUUUUCAACUAAUGGUUAACAAUAAAGUAAAUUUGCUUUAUUAGUUCCAAUCAUUACAAAAAGAUAAAGUUAAACACUUCAUUCACCCCUAAAAUAGGGUCCAAAAUAACCAGGUUUAGGUAUAGGAGGUAGUGGAUAUGAUCAUCAUAGAAUAUGGAUAGAUGGGAAAUAACUCUAGGCAAGUAGAUUAGUGGAAGAUGAUAAAACAUUUUAAAGUGGUUCAAUAUUACCUGAUGAUAUACAUUUACUUAAUGUAAGUAUUUUGAUUGAUUUUUUUAUUUAGAUUGAUCUUAUAGAAAUAUGGGAUCUAUAAUUAAGUACUGUAGGUUAAGGUACUUCUUAUUUUAAAUCAACAUCUCCUUAAGUACAUUUUGGUGAUAAUGAAAAAAGAAUUAACUAAAAUCAAUUAAGAGAUUUGAUUAUUACCUUAAAUUAAUAAUAAGGAAGAAAUGAUUAUGUAUAAUAUAUAUUAAUAGAAUUUAGAGAAGAGAUACAAGGGAAUUUUAAACUAGUAAUCCCUUACUUCCGAUAAAUGAAGAGGAGGAGGAAAAACAAUAAGGAAAAUGA